AAUUAAGCUACCCGUAUAUUUCUUUUUGUAAUAGAAACAUUAGAUCCCAAAAACUAGUAUAGAUACUUUUACAUGAAAUAGUAUCUUUUAUUCAAUAAUUAUAUGGAAAAUAAUUUUUAUGAUAAAAGAUACCUUAAAAAACAAUUGGAAACAAUCUAACAACGGUGUUCUAUGUUACAAGACCAAAAAUCAUUGGUUAGAAAUGUAUCAAGAUUUUUGCAAUCAUCAGUUAUUUGUUUAUUAUACUUAUCGCAUCCCUUCUCUCUCUCACGAUAAGUAGAGAGUUAUUUUGAUAACCCUAUCGAGGAUGAUGGUUUUUAAACAGUGUAUCGGAGUUCAAUGAAUUAGUAGAAGACUGACUAGCAGUUCAGAAACGAUUAACAAUGUUUCCCAUGCUGUCAAAAAACUGUGUUUAUAUUUCAAAGCCAAAGAUGGCAAGAAACUUAGUGACUGAUCCGAAGUACGGAUUUUUGAAACAGUUAGGCAUCACAGCUGAGAAUCCAGGCCUUUAUGAUGGUCGAUGGGGAGGUUCUGGCAAGGUUGUGGAAUCAGUUUCCCCAGCAACUGGUAAAGUAAUAGCAAAAGUGCGAACAUCGUCUGUUCAAGAAGCGAACAAUGCUAUUACAGAAGCACGCAAAGCCUGGUCUCAGUGGGCAUCUUUGCCAGUGCCAACUAGAGGAGAAAUAAUAAGGCAAAUAGGAGACGAGCUUCGACAAAAUUUAAAACCAUUAGGACAGUUAGUGUCCUUAGAAGUGGGAAAAAUAUUGCCAGAAGGUAUUGGAGAAAUUCAGGAGAUCGUCGACAUAUGUGACUUUGCUGUUGGUUUGUCUAGAAUGUUACCUGGCCAAAUAAUUCCAUCUGAAAGAAAGGACCAUGUUAUUUUAGAAAAGUGGAAUCCUCUUGGAGUUGUAGGAGUUAUUUCUGCAUUUAACUUCCCAGCUGCAGUUUUUGGUUGGAAUGCUGCAAUAGCAUUGGUUUGUGGAAAUACUACAAUUUGGAAAGCAGCACUUACUACUCCUUUAAUUUCUAUUGCAACCACAAGAAUCAUAGCAAAUGUAUUCGAACGAAAUGGUAUACCAGGUUCAGUCGCUUCCUUGGUAACAGGAGGAGCAGAUGUUGGUGAUACUAUUGUCACUGAUACACGUGUACCUCUGGUUUCAUUCACCGGAAGUACUAAAGUUGGAAAACAAGUGGCUCUUAAAGUUCAAGAUAGGUUUGGCAAGUUUCUGUUAGAGUUGGGAGGAAACAACGCAACGUUAGUUGAUCAGGAUGCAGAUAUAGACCUGGCAGUUAGAGCAGCAAUGUUUUCUUGUUUGGGAACAACAGGGCAAAGGUGCACAUCUACUAGGAGAUUAAUUCUUCACAGUAAAAUAAAGGAAGAAUUUUUAGGAAAAUUGAAGAUAGCAUUCCAGAGUAUCUUACAAAGGAUAGGGGAUCCUUUGGAUGAAAAUACUUUGUAUGGACCAGUGCACAGUCAACAAGCAGUAGACAAUUAUAAGAAUGCAAUACAAACUGCUGUAAGCAAUGGCGGGAAGAUUGAAUUUGGUGGAAAACAAAUAAACAGGCCUGGUUUCUACGUUGAACCAACGCUUAUUUCUGGUCUCCCACCCACCGCUGAAAUAGUUCAGCAAGAAACUUUCGCACCAAUUGCGUACGUUUUUGAAGUGAAGUCUUUGGAAGAAGCUAUUGCUAUCAAUAAUGGUGUACCACAAGGAUUAAGUAGCGCCCUGUUCACUAAGAGUCUUGGAAAUGUAUUCCAAUGGAUUGGACCUCACGGUUCUGACUGUGGAUUGAUAAACGUCAACAUUGGAACAAGCGGUGCUGAAAUUGGUGGAGCAUUUGGAGGAGAAAAGGCAACGGGAUAUGGUCGCGAGAGUGGAAGUGAUUCGUGGAAGUACUACAUGCGACGUGGAACUGUGACGAUAAAUUACGGAAAGGAACUGCCAUUGGCUCAAGGCUUGAAGUUCGAAUAA